CAAUGGAUCAGCCGGUAUCAGCUGGCUGAGCCAAACAAAAUCAACUCCGAAUUCACUUCAGUAUGAUUCACUUUUUAGUUCUAAGUGAUUUUAAGUAAGAGAUAAGAUAGUGAAGAUAAAAGGUACAAUGAAAUAAUUUGUACGGAAUUUACAUAUAUGGAAGAAUGUUGCAAAAGCGCAUUGACCAAUAUUUUAAAUCAACAAUUAGUAAACGAAGGUCCAAUGUUAUGACUAACGUUAAAAAGAGUUCUGGAUUAAAAAAUAUCCCAUACUCAAGAAUUAGAAAGAAAAAGAAAAAUGAGGAACAAAAUACUUCAUUGUCUCAACGUAGUGUACAAUCUGAUAGCAUGUCAAAUUGUACAAUCAGACAUGAAAAGGUUAAUGAAAUCCAGGACAUUGAUACUGAUGCUAUAGAAUUGCUAUUUCAAAGUUGUGGUACAAUAGAAAGGAAUGAUUCGUCAUUGUGUAAGAAUAAUGAUAUAGAAGAAUCAUCUAAAAAUGUGGUUGGUAUUAAACAUGUACAGUCACCACUUACUGAUACAAGUGAUAUAAUAAAAAAGAAAAUAGUAAAUGAUAAUGAGAUAUGUUUAAGAACACCAAACAAAGAUAAUAAUAUCCACUUAAAAAGGACACCAAAUAAGAGAUUGAGGACUCCUGACAGUAAUAAUUCUCCAACAGCAAACUGUCAUGGUUCCAUUUCCCCAUCUAAAAGGUCAAAGUAUUCUCCAAAAGUUUCAAUUACAAAAAAUAUAACACCAAGAAAACUGUUUGGUCAUACUACAGAUUCUGAUAUUGUAAUAAAAGCAAUUGAGUAUAUGAAUCUAGCAAAGGAAGGUGCUAUUCCACAAAAUAAUUUUGAUUUAGAAGAAAUAUAUUCUAGUGGCACAUUUGAUUAUCAAUAUGAAUCCGUAAACACUAAGACUUCAAUGAAAUAUGAAUUAAAUGAAGUAAUUUUCUGUAAUGAUUUAAAAUCAAAAAUUUUGUACACUACAAUUUUUACUGUUCUUUCCAAUCCAAUUAAUUGUGGUUACUUUGAUGAAAAGGAAUUGGACUUCAUAUACUCCAUUGUUACUCUUCCUAAAGAAGCUCAAAUGCUCCUGGCAUGUAUGAUAAAAAGAAAAAGAACAUGGUAUAGGAAAAGUAAUAUAAAGUAUCCAGAAAUAGCUUCAGAUUUACACAAUGUUUUUAAACUUCUUGUCUCACAAUCUGUUUGCACAUUUGAGAUUAAAACUGAAAAUAUAUCUACCUUGCUUGAUUUACUGCAAGUUGACGAAAUUCGACAACUUUGUAAAAAUAUGAAGAUAGAUACUAAAGGAAAAAAAGAAAUUAUGAUAGGAAAACUACUAAAAUUAUCAAAGAAUAAAUCUUUGUUUCCUGGAGCGAAAAAACCUAAUAAUAUUUUGUAUACUUACAUUCUUGAUAUAUUAGAGUAUUGUAUACGCAUAACAGACAGAACAUGGAAUCUUAUUGACAAAAUAAUUACCUUACUGAUACCAAAUCAAGUUCCAAAAAUGAGUAUAGCAGAUACAUUUUUUAAGCUCUAUGAUAAUUAUACAGAAAAAGUAAAAUUUCCGAAUGUUCCUGUUACUCAGUUUCCAAUAUUUUCUUGUGAAUUACAUUUAGUAAGUUACAUUCAAGCUAAAUCUGUGUUGUUUAGUACAUUGCAAUCUAUUGAGAAAAAAGAUUGGAAGAAUGUUCAGUACUAUGGCAAUUCAGCUAUGGAGAUAUUGCCAAAUAUAUUGAAAGUUGAAUCAUUAAGACUACAAAAUUCUACACUUCCCAUGCAUGUAAGACGUUUUAUGCCUGGAUAUGUAUGGCUAAAAGUACUUUCAAAAUGUAUAGACGCGUUUAAAAAAGAUAAAGACAAAAAGCGAGUUAUUGAAAUUCUAAACUUCUUAAUAGAACAAAACUGUCAUAUGUCUAGAAGUAAGGGAAGAUGGUACAAUGAAUUGGCACUUAUUAAAAUGGUCCAUCAUAAAGAUGUGGAAGCUAGUGCUUCGAUAAUAAUACAAGCCUUAGGCACACAAAAUUUAUCGCGAGUAGAUAAAGUAGAACUUCUAGAAAGAGCCAAUAAAAUUAAUAAAAGAAAGACAGGAGUAAAGUCUCUUACAAAAUUCAAUAUUAAUGAAGUUUUAAAUGAUCAUAAUGAUCAAAUGCCAAAAUACAAAACUCCAUCUAAUACUAUUAAUGCUUCAAUGAUGCCUAAGAGUGCUGCAGGGAGUAAAAGUGUCUGGUGUAUAGAAAGUAAUAGCGAAAGUCAAAUGUAUGGAUCAGUAGAAAGGCUUGCAUCAUAUCAUUACUGUGAACAAGGUUUUUCAAAUGCAUUACACUGUGAAGGCGAAUUGCCAAUUCUUUUAUUCGUUACUUUAUUUUGGGAAGAACUUUAUGAUAUUCAUAUUCCUGGAGCGUUCGUAACUCCAUAUCAACAUGCACCAGACGAUUUAUUCACAGAACAUUUCUAUGAAAAUAGAAAAGAGAAAUUGGACAUGAAACUUCAGAUAAUUAAUGAUUUCGAUCCAGAAUCUUUAAGCAUGUACAUGGAAACAAGAUUUAAAACAUAUAGUCAAUAUCAAUCUAUAAUGAACUCAAGCUUGUUGAAAAGUAGUUCACAGUUGAAAGAAAUAGUAUGUUGUAUAGGAGUCCAUGGUAUCAUAGGAAUUUGUAAACGACUUAUAGAAAAUUUCAAACUGUGGAAGGCUGGAUUUCCUGAUUUAAUUGUAUGGAAUUAUAACACUAAACAGCAUAAAAUUGUAGAGGUAAAAGGUCCUAGAGAUGUUCUUUCAACAAAACAACAAUUAUGGUUGGAAUAUUUAAACCAGCUAGGACUUAGUACUGAACUAUGUCUAGUACGAGAUAAAUUCAGUGCAAAAAACUCUAUGGAAGAUCUGGAUGAAUGAAUAUUUUGCAUAUUAACCUCUAUUUAAAAGAAUUAUUCCAAAUCUGAGAGAUAUAAUGCUUUUAAAUGCUUUAAAAUACUACUUAUUUUUAAUGUUUUUCUACAAAAACUAUAUUAAUAUUCUAUUCAUAGAGCAUGUUAGAUAGUUCCGAAUUUAACU